AUGCACUACUGGCCCUGGCGGCUGCUGCUGACCGCAGGCGCAUUGUCGGCUGCACUGAGCCCUGGCCCGCCGGCGCCCUCUGACCCUUGCCAUGAUGAGGGGGGCGCACCCCGGAGCUGCGUGCCAGGCCUGGUGAACGCGGCCCUGGGCCGCCAGGUGCUGGCGUCCAGCACGUGCGGGAGGCCAGCUACUUGGGCCUGUGAUGCCUCGGACCCCCGGCGGGCACACCCUGCCGCCCUCCUGACCUCUGCAGAGGGCAAGGCAAGCCCUCUGUGUUGGCGCUCAGACUUGCUGCCUCAUGCUCCCCUCAAUGUGACCCUAACAGUGGCUCUUGGCAAGGCUUUUGAGCUGGUCUUCCUGAGUCUGCGCUUCUGCUCAGCUCCCCCAGCUUCUGUGGCCCUGCUUAAGUCACAGGACCAUGGCCGCAGCUGGGCCCCACUUGGCUUCUUCUCCUCCCACUGUGCCCUGGAUUAUGGCCGCCUGCCUGCUCCUGCGGAUGGCCCAGCUGGCCCAGGGCCUGAGGCCCUGUGCUUCCCUGCACCCCAAGCCCAGCCUGAUGGUGGUGGCCUUCUGGCCUUCAGUGUGCAGGACGGCAGCCCAGCAGGCCUGGAUCUGGACAGCAGCCCAGUACUCCAGGACUGGGUGACUGCCACAGAUAUCCGUGUCGUGCUCACACGGCCUGCCAUUCUGAGAGACACCGCAGUCCCAUACUCCUAUUCAGCCACGGAGCUCCAGGUGGGCGGUCGCUGCAAGUGUAAUGGGCAUGCCUCACAGUGCCUGCUGGACACCCAAGGCCACCUGAUCUGCGACUGCCAGCAUGGCACUGAGGGCCCUGACUGCAGCCGCUGCAAGCCCUUCUACUGCGACAGGCCGUGGCAGCGGGCCACAGCCCGGGAAUCCCACGCCUGUCUUGCUUGCUCCUGCAACAGCCAUGCCCGUCGAUGCCGCUUCAACAUGGAGUUGUACCGACUAUCGGGCCGCCGCAGUGGGGGAGUCUGCCUCAACUGCCGGCACAACACUGCUGGCCGCCACUGCCACUACUGCCGGGAAGGCUUCUAUCGAGACCCUGGCCGUGCCCUGAGUGACCGUCGUGCUUGCAGGGCCUGCGACUGUCACCCUGUGGGUGCUGCUGGCAAAACCUGCAACCAGACCACAGGACAAUGUCCCUGCAAGGACGGGGUCACUGGCCUCACCUGCAACCGCUGUGCCCCUGGCUUCCAGCAGAGCCGCUCACCAGUGGCACCUUGUGUUAAGACGCCCAUUCCUGGACCCACUGAGGAGAGCAGUCCCGUGGAGCCCCAGGACUGUGACUCGCACUGCAGACCUCCCCGUGGCAGCUACCGCAUCAGCCUGAAGAAGUUCUGCAGGAAGGACUAUGCGGUGCAGGUGGUGGUGGGAGCACGUGGAGAGGCACGAGGCGCGUGGACGCGCUUCCCGGUGGCAGUGCUGGCUGUGUUCCGGAGCGGGGAGGAGCGCGCGCGGCGCGGGAGCAGCGCGCUGUGGGUGCCAACACAGGAUGCGGCCUGCGGCUGUCCACGCAUAUUACCCGGCCGCCGCUACCUGUUGCUGGGGGACGGACCGGGAGCUGCUGUUGGGGGCUCAGGAGGCCGGGGACCUGGGCUCAGCGCGUCCCGCGGAAGCCUGGUGCUGCCCUGGAGGGACGCGUGGACGCGACGCCUGCGUAGGCUGCAGCGGCGCGAGCGGCGGGGACGUUGCGGAGCAGCCUGAGCCCGCGGGCGGGGCGGGGAAGUGGGUGGAACGCUGCGCCCACAACCAGGCGCACGUUCCUCCAAUGCCUUCGCUUGCAGAGAAUCUUUCGUCGCUUCACGCGUGCCGCCAUCUGGGCCCCCCUCCGGUCCCUGCCGACGCCUCCCUCAGUGCCUCACGCCU